AUGUUGGGGAGGGCUGGCAAGGGAAAGCGGUGGCGGAUCUGGGAGCAGAGCCGGGAGUUCCUGCUUCCUGCUCCCGGAGCGAGUGUCCUCCGUAGCAGCCUCGGGGAAGGGAACGGCCCUUCCUGCUCCCGUCCGAGUACUCCUGGAGCGCAGCGAGGCGCGCCCCACCCUGGCGGAGGGGACGGUUUUCAGCUGGAGGUGGUGGAGGGACAGCCUGGAUCCGACGCCGCCCGGCGGUGCGGGGAGCUGGAUGAGAGCGGGAAAUCCGUAGAUCAGAGUCAAGGCGUGUGGGCGCGAGCGGCGGGAGGCGCAGAGGGGUCCGCGGGGUUCCCGGGUGUCUUCGCCGUGCCUUGUCCCGUGGCCGGCCGCGGUCCCCCUGGCCCCGCCCAGCCGCGGAGCCCAGCCUCUCUCCGACCGGGUCUCCUCCCUAAGGUGCGGGUGGCAGCGCCACUCCCUCCGUUCCCUCCCCAGCCGCGCGCGUCUCAUUCCAGCGCCCAUUCCGCGCAUUCCUGCCGGGCUCCUCUGCAAACUCCGGCCCCGGGGGUGGGGACCGCCUCUGCUACGCGCUCGGGCCCCGCUGCCGUCGCCGCGGCUGGAAGACUUGGCGCCCCGCGUGGACCUGCUGCACCCGGCCGAGCGCUCCCACCCCGCCUCCUGAACCCUGGGACCGGUCCAACGGGUGCUCCUCCAAGCCAAGCCUUGGAGGGCAAGGCCGGCACCAUUACCUCCAACGAGUGGAGCUCUCCUGACUCCCCGGAGGGGAGCAGCAUCUCUGGGGGCAGCCAGGCACUGGACAAGCCCAUCGACAAUGACGCAGAGGGUGUGUGGAGCCCUGAUAUCGAGCAAAGCUUCCAGGAGGCCCUGUCCAUUUACCCACCAUGCGGCCGCCGCAAAAUCAUCCUGUCGGACGAAGGCAAGAUGUACGGUCGGAAUGAGCUGAUUGCUCGCUACAUCAAGAUCCGGACAGGGAAGACACGCACAAGGAAGCAGGUCUCUAGCCACAUCCAGGUGCUUGCCCGUCGAAAAGCCCGGGAAAUCCAGGCCAAGCUCAAGGACCAGGCAGCUAAGAACAAGGCCCUGCAGAGUAUGGCCGCCAUGUCGUCCGCCCAGAUCGUCUCGGCCACAGCCUUCCACAGUAAAAUGGCUCUUGCCCGGGGCCCUGGCUACCCAGCAAUCUCAGGGUUUUGGCAAGGAGCUUUGCCAGGCCAACCUGGGACAUCCCAUGAUGUGAAACCUUUCUCUCAAAAUGCCUACACUGUCCAGCCUCCGCUGCCUCUGCCAGGCUUUGAGUCGCCAGCAGGACCCGCCCCAUCGCCCUCUGCACCGCCAGCUCCUCCAUGGCAAGGCCGAAGCAUAGCCAGCUCCAAGCUCUGGAUGUUGGAGUUCUCCGCUUUCCUGGAGCGCCAGCAAGAUCCCGACACAUACAACAAACACCUGUUCGUGCAUAUCAGCCAGUCAAGGCCAAGCUACAGCGACCCCUACCUCGAAACUGUGGACAUCCGCCAGAUCUAUGACAAGUUCCCAGAGAAGAAGGGGGGCCUCAAGGAGCUAUUUGAACGAGGGCCCUCUAAUGCCUUCUUCCUUGUGAAGUUCUGGGCAGACCUCAAUACCAACAUCGACAACGAGGGCAGCCCCUUCUAUGGGGUCUCCAGCCAGUAUGAGAGCCCGGAGAACAUGAUUAUUACCUGCUCUACUAAGGUCUGCUCGUUUGGCAAGCAAGUGGUGGAGAAAGUUGAGACAGAGUAUGCUCGCUAUGAGAAUGGCCACUAUUUGUACCGCAUCCAUCGGUCCCCACUCUGUGGGUAUAUGAAAAACUUCAUCCACAAGCUGAAGCAUUUACCUGAGAAGUACAUGAUGAACAGCGUGCUGGAGAACUUCACCAUCUUACAGGUGGUCACCAACCGAAAUACACAGGAGACCUUGCUGUGUAUUGCAUAUGUCUUCGAAGUUUCAGCCAGCGAACACGGGGCUCAGCACCACAUCUACCGGCUUGUGAAAGAAUGAGAGACUUGGAGAGUGAUG